CAGUUCAUUUUGCUGAAUCAGUUUGAUCUGAAUUUCCUAUGGGACAUUUUACAUGUGUUUUUUUUUUUGUUUGUUUGUCUGUUUUGUUUAGUUUUUUUGAAUUAAGUUUUGUCCAUUUAAGUAGCUUCAGUGCACUAUAUAGUCAAUACCAAGGCAAAAUUACAUACACAGUUUUAAAUGGUAGCUUAUUAACUAGGGUUGUGCAGGUAAAUGCCCUUUGCCCCGUUAAAGACUGUUAAAUGAAUAUCAGUGAAGAACAACGAGGCCAAAAGAGAGUAAGUGCUUGUAGUUUUGUUAGUUACGCUACAUUUAAGGCUGACCUGCUACAUAUUCAUGGAUUUGAAUGCCAUCUGGUUAACACAAACCAGGAACAAUGAAUGGACAGGUUUUUCAUGUGCUUGGGCCAAUCCUGCUAACCCUUCUGCUGAUGACUGUCCCAGUUGUUCAGAGUGGGAAGGUUCUUGUCUUUCCUGUGGAUGGCAGUCAUUGGGUCAACAUGAACAUCUUGAUUAAAGCACUUCAUGCCAAAGGUCACAAUGUUACAGUCAUUCGGAUGGCAGACAGCUGGUACAUCAAAGAAUUCUCUCCUCACUACACAUCCAUCAAUCUCAAGUCUGAUGGAGGAUUUGGUGAAGAAUUCCUGGAGACAUUUGUAUCCAGACUUAUGGAGAUUCUGAGGGAGGGUUCGAUUUGGGCUCGCCUGAAUCUGGAGGUAGAGAUGUGGGAAAGUUCUUUGAAGAUUCUUAAAACGGAAAGUGAGAUGAUAGUCAACAUGUUUGAAGACCAGCAGCUAAUGCAGUCCUUAAAAGAGGCCAAAUAUGAUUUGAUUCUUACAGAUCCAGCCAUGUAUGGAGGAGUCAUAUUGGGCCAUUAUCUCAAACUGCCCAUUGUCUACAAUGUCCGUUGGACAAUGUAUAGUGAAGGUCAUUUUGCAAUAGCUCCUUCACCACUUUCUUAUGUUCCUUUUCCAAUGCUGGAGUUAUCAGACCGCAUGAGUUUUUUUCAAAGAGUGAAGAAUGUUUUAAUGUACAUCAUAACUGAAACACAAGUUGCUUUCCUGUUUGCUCCAAAUUAUAAUGCACUUUGUGAACGCUUCAUUGGCCCAGGAACAUCUUACUUUUCUUUAAUUCAGAGUGCUGAUCUGUGGCUCCAUAGAGUUGAUUUUGUUUUUGAAUUCCCGCGUCCCACUAUGCCAAACAUCGUCUACAUGGGAGGUUUUCAGUGCAAGCCAUCAAAGCCUCUUCCACAAGAUCUGGAGGACUUUGUGCAGAGCUCUGGAGAGCAUGGUGUCAUCAUCAUGUCUCUGGGCACUCUCAUUGGUCAGCUUCCUGAUGAUGUGGCAGAGGCAAUUGCUGAAGCUUUUGCAGAACUUCCACAGAAGAUCAUCUGGAGGUACAAAGGAAAGAGACCAUCUGCACUUGGGAACAACACCUUAAUGAUGGACUGGAUGCCUCAGAAUGAUCUUCUGGGUCAUCCUAAGACCAGAGCCUUUGUGGCACAUGGAGGAACCAAUGGAAUUCAAGAAGCCAUCUACCACGGGGUGCCAAUCAUUGGAUUUGGGCUGAUUUUUGACCAGCCUGAUAAUCUUUCUAAAAUGAGAGUAAAGGGUGUAGCCAAGAAUGUAGACUUUGCCACAGUGGAUAAGGAGUCCUUCCUUAAAACUGUCAAAGAGGUCCUUUAUGAGCCCUCUUAUCGGGAGAACAUGCAGAGGCUCUCAAGGCUUCACAAGGACGUCCCAGUGAAGCCUCUGGACAACGCCAUCUUCUGGAUUGAGUUUGUUAUGAGGCACAAAGGUGCCGCUCACUUGCGCACAGAGUCGUACAAAAUGCCCUGGUACUCUUAUCACUCUGUUGAUGUCAUGCUGUUCCUGCUUUCUGCUGUGUCACUCAUAAUCAUGACUAUAUAUGCAGUUAUCAGAUAUUUCUGUUGUAGAGUAUGUUUUAGAAGAACAAAGAACAAACUUGAAUGAUUGUUGUUGUUUUUAUUAUUAUUAUUUAAUUUUCGUAAAUUAAAUUAAUUCAACAAUAUGUUUUCAAUUUGAUGGGUUACACGCUACAAAUCCUGUAACAAAUCUGUACAUUAGAGGGUAUGUGAAACCCUUUCUUUAUACAAUUAUGUGUCUGUUCUAUCCACGUACACAAACUAACAUUUCUCUUAGGAUGAAGACUUCAUCAAUAUUCACAGAAUUUAUGUAUAUACAGAUUACAAUAAACAAUAAAAGAAGCUAA